AUGCGAGCGGCAAGGGCUGGUAGACCAGCUCAAGCGAUUGAGAGAACUCAACCUUUGCGACAGAUUCAAAAAGAAAGAAUCCAGAUGGCAACGAACGAAGCGGAGCGAAGUGAAGGACGAGUGAGAAAAAAAAUCGAAUUUGAACCUCAACAAAUGGUCCAUUUGUUGAUGGGCGAACGACGGGGAUUGAACCCGCGCGUGGUGGAUUCACAAUCCACUGCCUUGAUCCACUUGGCUACAUCCGCCCUUACCCCCGCACACAAAACUUUCCCCAUUGCACUCACUAGCAGCCCUGGUCUUUCAAUUCCUAAUGUGAAUGUUGUGGAAUUUUCUACUGGUUCUCGUCCACUUACCGUUGACCUCGCCUCCCACUACAGCAGUAGCGCUGGCAUGGUUUUAGUUUCUGAUCCAACUUCUCCCCUUUUGUUGGUUUCUCUGAACAAGAUGCCAAUUCUGAUUCCUCUUCGGACUUCCUCCCUACUUCCGCAUUGGGGGUUUGGCCGUACUCCCUUUGCUCGAGUUACUCACUGGACGGAUUCCACUCCGUUCUUCGUUGCAGAACUACGUUCCUUUCCUCUUUUCAGAACUCAAAACAAAAGCUAUUCCUAUCUCUUAAAGAGAGCCGCUGAUCGAAGAAAGAAUUUUCCCUUACAAGAACAAUGA